UCAGGUGCUUUGCUGGUCGUCAGACCUUGCGACUCCUACGGCUAGAUCGGAGCUGUGGCAUGCAGUAGGACUAGGCGAUGCCUGCAUGCAAUCGACGGCAUCACGCUCAAGGCAUCGACGGCAUCGACGGUAACGUCGUACAGUACGUUCAAGCGACAUCACUCCUAAAGAAGCAAGUUCAGGCUUUUGCUAAUCGAAUCCGGCAGUUCCCUGCCUUCGUCCGUUGACUAUCGUUCCCAGCCUGAUGAGUCGACGACUAGAACCUUUUCCGUAUUCUGCAUCAUCGCCUUAAACUCUUAGUUGCGUCGUCCCUAAUUUCGGUCAUGAGUCAUGACAUUCGACGGCCACCAAGUUUCGCCUCUCCCCGCCUCGCCCCGCGCGCCUUCCGCGGCGGGGACCAUCGACCCGCAGUGGACGGCCGAUUCGUUCGCGUGUCCGUUCUCCGUGUCGUCCGCCUCGUCGACCGACACCGCCUGUAGGCUGCCGCUUCCUGCCUGCGCGCUCAUGGACGCCACUCUCCUCAAAACGCUUCCUCUGCGGAGCUCCGAUUAUUUCACGGCAGUCUGCGCGGUUCCAAUCGCCACGCCCCUGCGCGCGUCAUCGCAUGCGCUCUCGAGUCUGCCGUCGCCUCGUACCGACGGUCCGCUCGCGCCCUUCACGAUCAGCGUCGUUCCGCAGACCGCCGCAUCGCCGUGCGCACACCACCCAGCGCAGCUUGCGGCGGACGCCGACGCGGUGCCGCUGUGGCGCGGGCCGCUGCACGUGCUGGACGUCAGCACGCACGCCGCGCGAACAGCGGGGGAGAGCUACGAGGUGCGCCCGCUGUUCGCGCUGCUCGUCUCGCCCGACGCUGCUGGCGGCGAGGCUGUGCCGCGCGGCAAGCAGGAGGGCGCAGAUCGCACAGUCGGACCGGCGGAGCGCGCGCUGAUAGUGGCGGCGGCGGCGGCGGACGAAGAAUGGGCGGCGGUGGCAGAGGCGUGGAAUGACGGCGAGGGCUGCGAGGGGAGCGAAGGGGCGGAGGGCGAGGGAGGGUGGGAGUGGGAUCGUGUCGUGGCGGACGUUAAGGAGCAAGCCGAGCAGCUGCUGGCCGACUACGGCCUCACAGGCGUCACUCUCACCAUCCCCGGCUCGCCUCGUCAUUGCCAGCAGCGCGCCGAGCAAAUAAUUUCCGCCGCUCACCGCCAAUGGUGCUUGCUCCCCUCCGCCCCCCUCCCGCCUCCCCCCAGCGCUCCCUUCUCUUUCCCCCCUCCCACCUCCCCCCUUCCACUCGCCAUCUCACCGCCUUCGCCGCUCACCCCUCCCCCUAACGGCGGCGGCGGGAGCAGCAAGGCUCGCGGGUGGGAGGGGUUUAAAAGCGGCCGCGCGACUGGGAGGAGCGGGAUGAGCGGGCGGGGCGCGAGGGCGCUGCUGCUAGCGGCGUGCUGCGCGGGGCUGGACGCGCGGCACAUCCGCACGCACAGCCUCUCCGCCGACCCGCUCGACUCCGCCGACCAGCCGUCGCCCCUCUCCGACCUCCCCUCCAACCUCCCCUCUCCCUACGGGCCCUCUGUGCCGCCCGCUGUGCAAGAAUCCGACAGUUUCCGCCGCCGGCCGAGGUGUUCCAUCGAGGUGCCCUCGUCGCCCGGGCCGGAUCCUGAACGCGCCGGUCCGGGUCUGAGGCUCGGACGGCUCUUGUCGCCCGCCUGCAGCAUGGGUGGGAGCUGGUUCGUUGUGCCGAGGCUGUCCUCGACUCCGGGUUGGCAAAUCGGAAGCGACAAGAGCGGCGAUAAGAGCGGCGAGAAGAACGGCGGGUGGGCGGGGCAGGAGUUGUGGGGGCGAAUGUCGGGGCGCGAAGAGGAAGGGCGCAAAGAAAGGAAGGGAUGGCUGGACGGGGGAGAGGAGGGAGGAAAGCAGAUGGAAGUGAAUAGCGGAUCCAGGACCAAGGGCGAGGCGCGUGAGGAGGAGAUGGACGAAGAGGAAGAGGAGGAGAAUGGAGAGGAGGAGGAGGAGGAGGAGGAGGAGGACGACGACGACGAGGAGGAGGAGGAGGAGGAGGAAGAGGAGGAAGGGGAAGGAGAGGAGGGCGGCCACGAGUUGACUCGCUCGCAGACGAUGCAGUCGCUGCAGCGGUCAGCCUCGCGCCGAGGGCACGCGGGCAAGGGGAAGGGCGCGGGGCAGCGGAAGGUGAAGGCGGCGGCGAGAGGCAAAGGGGAGGCCAAGACGAAGGCGGGCAGUAAAGAGUCGGCGCGGCUGGCAAUGGCGCGCAGCGCGAGCUUCCGCGUGUAUAUCGACACGGGGAAGGGUGCAGGGGGCAGCAAGGGCAGGCAGGGGGACGGAGGGGAGGGGCGGAGCCUCUCGCGGCAGAACAGCGCCGUUGGCAGAAGGCUGGAGCAAGAGGAGCGGGGCGUGCGGUACUACAGACAGGCCAGUCAGCGGGAGCGAGGGGGCGAGGCGCAAGGGCGGGGGCAGGAGAACGAGGGGCGGCGGGAACAAGAUGGCGGAGCGGAGGAGGAGGGGGAAGCCGGAUCUUUCAGGCGCGCGUAUAGUGCUCCGCGCGGCGAGCGGUCGCUGGAGCGCAGCAAGAGUAUGAAGCGCGCGCAAGAGCGGGAAGAAGCAGACGCUGUGAGGGGGAGAUGCGGGGAGAACGCGGGGGGAGCAGCGCAGGGAGAGGAAGCGAGGGGAGGAGGGAGGGUGAGGGACUGCAAGCGGGGCACAGAGCGCGGCGGCGACAGCAGCGGGCAGGCGGAGCCAGGCGAGCUGCAGCGCGCGCUCACCCUCCCCAACCGACCCGCUGCCGCGCGCGCAGGCCGCAGCAGCAGUCGCAGGGAGCGCGAGGGGGAGGGGGAGGGGGAGGGCGAGGCUGUUGGGGAAGGGAGGGAAGAGGAAGCGAGGGAAGGGCGAAGGGAGGCGGAGAGGGCGGAGCGGCUGCGGCAGCAGCUGCAGCAGCAGAAGCAGCGGCUGCAGCGGCAGUGCAGCAGGCGGCACCAGGUGGCGCGCAGCGGCACGGACGAGCAGGCGGCGGGUUUGGCUCGGCGGGGCCGGGAGCUGCUGAGGCUGGCGUCGCUGCCGCGGCAGCAGCAGCAGCAGCAGCAGCAGGGCGCGCAGGCAGGGACGCAAGCGGGAGGGGGAAGGCGGGAGACGAAGCAGGCCGGGGCGGCUGCGACGCCUCGGCUGCGGCGCAUGGGGCGCGACGGCAGCUUCCGCGUGCACCUCGACCUCAGCCCGCGCGGGCCUGCUAGCGCCGCUGCAACUGCUAGUGCGUCAAGAGAGGCUUCCGAGCAGCAGGUGAGGCGCGCGGUGACGCACACGGGGGCGUCGGAGCAGAGGCGCACGGGCGAGAGUGGCGCCGUGGGGGCGGACGGCACGCAGCUGGGGCGCACUGCCAGCAUGCAGGGUGGGGGGAGACCGGCGGAGGGGGCGAGCAGGCAGGCGCAGAUGCGGCGUGCUGUGACGCACACCGGGGCGUCGGAGGAAAGAGGGGCGGCGGGGCAGAGCGGUGUUGCAGCAGACAGGAGGCAGGUAGACCGCAGUGGCGGCAUGGCGGGCGGCGAGGCGAGGCGGGCAGGCGAGAGCGGCAGCACGGCGGGAGACGUGAGGGGGGUUGAUGGCAGUGCGAGCAUGCAAGGGGCGGCGAAGCAGGCGGAGGGGAUGGAGUGCAGCGCGAGCACGCAGCGGCAGGAGGAGAGGGCUGGCGGAGAAGGCAUGGCGGCGGCAGAGCAGGAGGCCACGGGGGGGGUGGGCAGGGAGAGGGAGAGACUGGCAGCUGCUGCUGCUACUGACAGGCGUCGUGUACUCGUUAUUGACAUCCCCGAUAAGGGCGACCUCUACCCCGCCCCGCUCACUGCUCCUGCUCGCAGCCUCGAGUCCUCCCCCACCGCCACAGCGCCCUCCACCACGAGAGCGCCCUCCGCGCGCCUGUUCCCCGCAGCACCCCCUGCAGGGCCCCCGGGUCCCUCCCCCUCGUCUGCACGCGCUCCUCUCCCCGCGCCCUCUGCCCCUCCCGCCGUGGCUGCUGGCAGGGGCUUCAGUGGCAGCAACAGGCAGAGGUGGGCGGAAGGCGGGGGGGAGAGAAGGGGAGGCCAGACAGCAUCAGCAGGGACCACACCCACGUCAGCUAUGUUAGCACCCACGUCAGUUGUGUUCACACCCACGUCAGCUGCAGCCACUCCCACGCCAAAGCCCAGCAGCAAGCCCUCUCCGCGCUUCCCCACGUCCCAUGCGCCAGCAGGCCUCGCCCCUGACCUUCCUCCCUCGCUGCACCCAACCCAUGCUGCACCGCACCUCGCCUCCCCCUCUGCUGCGCCAGCACACCUCUUCCCCCCAAGCGCCACUGCCCCCAGCGGCCCCCCUGCUGCUGCCCCGCGCAUCCAGCCGGCGCGGUCGCUGCCGCCCAUCCGCGAGGGCAUGGUGCUGCCCGGGCUGCUGCAGGGCGCGCAGCAGCACACGCGCCGGGGGGAGCGCUUGCCGCUGUCCGCCACGGCCAGGAUCGGGGAUGGGGGGGCGGGCCCAGGGGGCAUGUGGGGAGGUGCGGGUGGGAGGAAGGAGGUAGAGGCAGAGGUGUACUUGCUGGGUGAGCCGCCGCAGCAGUGGCAGUGGCAGCAGCAGCAGCAGCAGCAGCAGCAGCAGCAGCAGCAGGGGUGGAUGCAAGAGGGAGGUGAUGCAAUGGUGGUGGAGGAGCAUGAGUGGCAGCAGAGGCAGCUGCGGGCUGCUCAGAUGCAGCAGCACUGGCACCAACAACAGCACCCGCACCAGUUUUACCAGCCGAGCCAGCAAGCGGGCUUUGUCUCUCAGCACAGGCAGCAGCAGCAGCAGCCGCCGCCACCUUGGCAGAGGGUGGUUGGAAGGCAGGAGUGGAGGGAGGGGCAGUCACAGCCAUCGCCUGCUCACUCUCAGUCGUUCAACCGCCAGCCGCAGCUGCAGGCGCAGCAGGGUGAGUGGUUCCAGAACCCAGCAGGGGGGGCAGUGCGUGCAGCCAAGGAGAAGAGGGUGUCGUUCCGGCAGGGCUGUGAGCCCUCCCUGCAGGUGCCCCGUGUGAGCCCCACCAUGCAGCAGCCUCCGCCUCAAUUCGCCACCAACUUCAAGUCGCCCACCCACCACCGACACGGGGCUGAACAACCCAUGCUGGGCUCCCAAGUGCCCUCGCCCCAUGCACCCCCGCCCUAUGUGCAGCAGCAGCACACUCUGCCAGCGACCAGCCCACGGGGGGAGGACCCGUCGCUGAGCCGGCUGCUGUCAUGGGACUCCCGGUCCAACUCCUUCUCCGCCGCUGUCAGGGGCUGACCUCCCGCGCAUUUGCUCCUUGCUCCGCACUGCACUAGUGAAGCACGUGCUGUGUUGUGCCAUGUGCUUACAAAAGUACUCAUGAUUUGUCAGAGUUUCAUUAUGGGCCAGCUGAUACGGUGUUUAAUGCAUAUAGAUGGUUAUGUAUAUCAUUAGGGCGUAUCAUUUAGGUUCGUUUUGCUGAAAUUCCUAAACCGUUAUUUAUAUAUCCAUCCCUUCAUAACGAGUCAUCUUUACUGUAUAGAGUCACCUCUUAGAGGAUACAAAACUUAGAUAUAUUUGUGUGUACUCUCACUUUACGAUUAUUCAAUUAUUCUGAUAUG